AUGAAGCUCACCAAGUUCGUCGCCCUGCUGUUCAGUAGCUCCGGAGCUCUAGGGCCGGAGCCCAUCGCGCAGAAACCCCUCCAUCCACCGCAUGCGUCGACUCCCUCCGCCUCGCCCGAACCCAAUGCCCCGGCCUACCGCGACGCCCUCGUUUCCCUGCACAAGUCUCUGGUCGACAUCUCGUCUGUCACCGGCACCGAGAAUGAGGUCGGAAGCUUCCUAGUCGAGUAUCUCACCGAGCGGCACUUUGUCGCCCAGCUCGAGUUCCUUCCGACCAACGACACGCGGCCUUCGAAACCACGCUUCAACGUCCUCGCCUGGCCGGGCCCCAACCGUCACCCGUCACCGAGCGUCCUUGUCUCCAGCCACAUCGACACCGUGCCCCCGUUCAUCCCGUACUCGCGCUCCGACCACGUGCCCAACGCCGACACCGUCAUCGCGGGCCGGGGCAGCGUCGACGCCAAGGCCAGCGUCGCAGCCCAGAUAACAGCCGUGUUGGAGCUGCUCGACGCCGAGAGCAUCGAUGCCGAAGAUGUCAUGCUGCUCUUCGUCGUGGGGGAGGAGCGCACCGGCGACGGCAUGCGGUACUUUUCCGACACGGUAUCGUCGUUGGACCCGCCGCCCAACUUCAAGGCCGCCAUCUUCGGCGAACCGACAGAGGGCAAGCUCGCGUGUGGCCACAAGGGCUUCUUUGGUUGCACGGUGACGGCACACGGGAAAGCCGGCCACAGCGGGUAUCCGUGGCUGGGCAAGAGCGCCACCGAGAUCUUGAUGAGGGCCAUGGUCAAGGUGCUGGACACGGACCUGGGAAGCAGCGACGACUUCGGAAACACCACGAUCAAUGUCGGCACGCUCGAGGGCGGCGUGGCCGCUAAUGUCAUCUCGGAGACGGCCGUGGCGCAGAUUGGUGGCCGCGUGGCCAUUGGCCCCGAGGCCGAUGGUGGCAAGGUCGUCGUGGAGAGGCUGCGUGAUGUGCUGGAGAGUGUGGACGAGGACGCGUUUGAUUUGUCAUGCACGAACGGCUAUGGAGUGGUCAAGUGUGACUGCGACGUUGACGGCUUCGAGACCAUCACGGUCAACUAUGGCACGGACGUGCCCAACUUCAAAGGUAACCACACACGCUACCUGUACGGCCCAGGCACCAUAUUGGUGGCACAUGGCCCGGACGAGGCCAUCAAGUUGAAGUAUCUGGAAACGGCUGUUGAAGACUACAAGAAGCUCAUCUUGCAUGUACUUCAAGGAUAG